AUGAAAUCUGUUCCAUACGUAUGUUAUGGUAAUUGUUUGUACAUUGAGUCAAAAAUAGCUAAUGUCACAGGUAUUUCAGGAGUUAAUAGUAAAGGUUCAGUAGAAUAUAAGUCUUUCUGUUAUGAAGUAAAUUCAAUGUUCAUUCCAAACGUUCCUGUCAUAGCAACUCAUUUAGGUAAAUGGGUUCGCAUUAGUCCUCAUAAUUUGAAAGACAUGCAAUUCAGACUUGUUGACUUUCAAGGAGAGCCUGUAGAACUGAAGGCACCAGUGCGAAUGACUGUUGAAGUUGACUUUUUAGAAAAUAUUAAAUGCAACAGCUUACAAGAGAACUCAGAGCUAAAAAUAUAA